ACAAAUUGACAGGCCAAUAAGAGCUUUUAUCAUUUGCCUAUUCCCCUCUUUCUUCUCUGUUACCCUAAUUUCGUGGGGCUUGUUGGCUAUGGCGUACAAUGGCGAUUGCAACAAGGCUUUCGCUGACAGUUACAUGCUGUUGAAGCCAGAAGACGCUCAUUUUUUUGAUCUUCUUCAUGUCUUGUAUUCCCGAAACUUGGCUCAUAGGAAAUUUGUGGAGAGUCACGCCGAUGGCGCUGUUGAGGAAAGCUUCCGCCAUAGAUGGCUCAUAUUUGUCUCCGUCGUACUCCAGAAGAUUUUGAUGCUUCUGGCUAAGCCUCUUGCUUUAUUCGGAUCUUGCGUUGAGACGUUGAUCAACCUCGUCGCUCUCAAUGGUGGCUUAUUCAUGAUCCUAAUUAACUUUCUCUCAGGUCAUCUGGUCAUCCCGAAUCGUACAGCACCAAAUUAUUUGUCUUGCAUUGGAAAUUUGGAUGCGCGAGUAAAGUUGGAUGCUGUCAAGCGUGAAGACAGCAAGUACUAUGUUUCGCUGGCUAUGAUGGCAUCAAAAGCAUCCUAUGAGAAUGCAGCUUACCUUAAAGCUCUAAUCUCAGGUCACUGGAAGAUGGAAUUUGUUGGAUUUUAUGACUGCUGGAAUGAUUUUCAAGGAAAGGCCACAACCCAAGUCUUGAUUGUUUUGGACAAGUACGAGGAUCGGGACACUUAUGUCGUGGCUUUCCGAGGAACAGAACCAUUUGAUGCAGACGCAUGGUGCACCGAUCUUGAUAUCUCAUGGUAUGGGAUUCCUGGGGUUGGAAAAAUGCAUGGUGGCUUUAUGAAAGCCUUAGGACUACAGAAAAAUGUGGGGUGGCCAAAGGAGAUUCAAAGAGAUGAAAAUCUUCCCCCGUUGGCCUACUAUGUUAUUAGGGACAUACUAAGAGAAGGUUUGAGUGAAAAUCCCAAAGCAAAGUUUAUACUAACGGGUCAUAGUUUGGGUGGAGCACUAGCAAUUCUCUACCCCACGAUCAUGUUCUUGCAUGAUGAGAACUUGUUGAUGGAGAGGUUGGAAGGGAUCUACACUUUUGGACAACCAAGAGUUGGAGAUGAAGCAUAUGCACAGUACAUGAGGCAAAAUUUGAAGAAAAAUUCUAUCAGAUAUUGCAGGUUUGUUUAUUGCAAUGAUAUAGUUCCCAGGUUGCCCUACGAUGAUAAGGACUUGCUGUUCAAGCACUUCGGGGUCUGCCUUUUCUUUAACAGGCGCUAUGAACUCAGGGUUCUGGAAGAAGAGCCGAAUAAGAACUAUUUCUCACCAUGGUGUGUGAUACCAAUGAUAUUUAAUGCUAUUUUGGAACUAAUAAGGAGCUUUACCAUUGCCUACAACAAUGGACCUCACUAUAGAGAAGGAUGGUUUCUCUUUGGUUUCAGAAUGGUCGGUUUACUAAUUCCUGGGUUACCUGCUCACGGCCCUCAAGAUUAUAUUAAUUCCACUCUUCUGGGAUCAAUUGAAGGGCAUUUCAAAGCAGAUUAAUUGAUGUGCUUGUCAUGUUACUAUUUGAAAUUAUGUCAGCUUCAAAAAGUAGGUUAAAUUUCGUGCAUGGACAUCACAUAAUUAAUUAGGUCAAUGUGUGAAGUUGUUUAUUUCACUACUGGAAACGACCAAGUCAUUUAGUGUUUUAACUCUUUUGGAAUCUCUGAUUUUCAUGCCCGUCUUUAUGUGUCUGUGAUCCUGGCAUGGGUGAAGUGCAUGUUUGAAUAUAUAUUGAAAUAUAAUAGAAUUACGUUUAUUCAUAG